UAUACGUAAAUGGUUUCCAUGCCUCCUUAUCUGGUCCAAGACCCGUCAAUCAAAUCCAUUAUGAACGUCUUGUUAAUGCAGUAAAGCAGCUGAGGGGACGAGAAGAGCUUGACAAGUGACCGCAGGUUGGCUGCGUUUGCAGCCAGGAGAGAAGACGGGAAGAUGCCUUCUCCGUCUUUCACCCUGGACGCCCAGCUGAGAUUUCAUGACAAAUGGCUGAAAAUAGACUUACAGCGGGCUUUCUCUGCUGAAGGACUGAGUGAGAUGUGGAAUGAGAUGGUGAAAGAUGAAGAAAUAACUUUCAACGGGGAAGAAUCGGCUCACACAGAAGAUUGCACUGAUUGUUUCGGCGGUCAGAAGAAAGAUGAGCCCGGCGACAAAGAGAAGAAAGAAGAGGAGGAGACGCCAACGUCCGCUCAUCACGCCAUCAUCGAGACCUGGGAUUGGGGACGGCAGCCAGAUGAGACGGAGCUCAAAGACUGUCUGCUGGUUCUGGUCGAGGACCAGCAGAAACUCUCUGCACAGAUGGCCAAAAGCACCCUGUCCGCCCAGCGCCUGCGCCAGCGGUUGGUCAUCCUGGAGCGCUACCUCAUCUCUCUCAGCCACAGCAUGAUGGAGGAGAAGUACAAGGUCCGCUGGAAGAUGCCCCCCAGCCAGCCUCUGACUGCUACUGACAAUAAGAGUCCUCGUCCUGCCAGUAAAGGUGUGGAAGGCCUGGCCCGAGUCGGCUCCAGGGCGGCGCUCUCCUUCGCCUUUGCUUUCCUGCGCCGGGCGUGGCGGUCAGGAGACGAUGCAGACCUCUGCAGUGAGCUUCUCCAGGAGUCGCUGGAUGCUCUGCGGGCCCUUCCUGAGGCCACCCUGUUUGAUGAGGGGACUGUGUCUUCCGUGUGGCUGGAAGUCGUCGAGAGGGCCACAAAAUUUCUAAGUGACGUUCAUGGAAGCGCCAGCGUCAAAGGUAACAUUCCUCUUCAGGACGAGCACCUCGCCCUGGCCAUCCUGCUGGAGCUGGCUGUGCAGAGGGGGACGCUCAGCCAGCUGCUGUCCGCCGUCCUGCUCCUGUUGCGUUUAUGGGAAAACGGCACCAGAGAAAUGGACAAUGAGCGCUCCACCCAGGGAACCAGCGCUCCUCUCCUGCCUCUGUUGCAGCGCUUUCACAACAUACACAGCAGCAAGGAGGAGCCGCUUCCUGAGGAGGAUGCUGAGAUCCUGACGGCGCCGCUCAGCCCCAACGAGAGUUUCCUGCGGUACCUGACCUUACCUCAGGACAAUGACCUCGCCAUUGACCUUCAGCAAACGGCUGUAGUGCUCAUGGCUCACCUGGACCGCUUGGCUUCUCCUUACAGCCCCCCGCACUGUAACUCCCCCUCCUCACAUAAGGGAACCUUGCAGGAGGUGAUUGCUUGGGGCCUUCUGGGCUGGAAGCUGUAUGCCAACGUCAGCGGCCCCAUUCAGUGCAAGGCCCUGUCGAGCCUCGGGGUCAUGCAGAUCGUCUGUUCAGAAAAGGGAUUCCUCAUCCUCUCCAACAGCGGCGCUGUUUACACCCAGAACUACAAGAGCACAACCCUGGCUCCCAUGCUGGUCCACUGCCUGAGCUCCAGGAAGAUAGUGAAGCUGGCCGCUCAUCCUGACGGCCAGCACUACAUGGCCCUGUCAUCCAACGGGGAAGUAUUUUCAUGGGGCUGUGGCGAUGGUGGCCGCCUGGGACACGGAGACACGACUUACCUAGAGGAGCCCACAAUGAUCGCCGCCUUUAAUGGGAAACAGGCUGGAAAGCACGUGGUGCACAUCGCCUGCGGGAGCACGUACAGCGCUGCCAUCACAGCUGACGGCGAGCUCUACACCUGGGGGAGAGGGAACUACGGUCGGCUGGGUCACGGCUCUAGUGAGGACCAGACGACCCCCAUGCUAGUGACCGCUCUGAAAGGACAUAAGGUCAUGGACGUGGCGUGUGGGAGCGGAGACGCACAAACGCUCGCUGUGACUGAAAACGGCCAGGUGUGGUCCUGGGGCGACGGCGACUACGGUAAACUGGGUCGCGGAGGCAGCGACGGCUGCAAGACGCCCAAGCUGGUGGAGAAGCUGCAGGAUCUGGAUAUAGUGAAGGUGUGCUGCGGCAGUCAGUUUUCUGUAGCCCUCAACAAGGACGGACAAGUGUACACCUGGGGGAAGGGAGACAACCAGCGUCUGGGCCAUGGCACGGACGAACACGUCCGCUAUCCGAAGCUGCUGGACAGUCUUCAGGGAAAGAAAGUGGUGGAUAUUGCUGUAGGGUCUACACACUGUCUGGCUCUGACAGAUGACGGAGAAGUGCACAGCUGGGGCAGCAACGAUAAACUCCAACACUUUGAUACUCUCUUCUCCAACAAGAAGCAGCCCAAAGCUCUCCCGGGACUCAACUCCAAGCACAUUGUGGGGAUUUCCUGUGGCCCAGGACAAAGCUUCGCCUGGUCCUCCUGCUCGGAGUGGUCCGUCGGACAGCGAGUGCCCUUCGUGGUGGAUGUCUGCUCCAUGACCUUCGAGCAGUUGGAUCUGCUCCUGCGCCAGGUCAGCGAGGGCAUGGACGGCGGCUCGGACUGGCCGCCUCCUCAGGAGAAGGAGUGCAUGGUGGUGGCCACGCUGAACCUGCUCAGGCUCCAGCUCCACGCAGCCAUCAGCAACCAGGUGGACCCAGAGGAGCUGGGCCUGGGGCUGGGCAGCGUUCUCCUCAACAACCUCAAGCAAACGGUGGUGAUGCUGGCCAGCAACGCCGGCGUGCUCAACACGGUGCAAGCCGCUGCCCAGGCCGUGCUGCAGAGCGGCUGGUCGGUGUUGCUGCCCACCGCUGAGGAGCGGGCCCGGGCGCUGUCCUCGCUGCUGCCUAAUGCUGCAUCUGGUAAUGAGAUGAGUGUGAGUGCUGGACGGCGCUUCAUGAUCGACCUGUUGGUGAGCAGCCUGAUGGCCGACGGAGGGCUAGAAUCUGCUCUGAGUGCCGCCAUCACAGCCGAGAUACAGGACAUCGAGGCCAAGAAGGAGGCUCAGAAAGAGAAAGAGAUCGAUGAGCAGGAAGCGAACGCCUCCACCAUGCAUCGCUGCCGUACCGUUCUGGACAAGGACCUCAUCAACACGGGCAUCUACGAGUCGACGGGGAAACAAAGUCUGCCCCUCGUGCAACUCGUGCAGCAGCUUUUGAGGAACAUCGCCUCGCAGACCAUCGCGCGACUGAAAGACGUCGCCCGGCGCAUCUCCAACUACUUAGAAGCAGAGCACGUCAGCAAGGAGCGAUCCGCGUCUCUGGAUCUGCUGCUGCGCUUCCAGCGGCUGCUCGUCAGCAAGCUGUACCUGGGAGUCACCGACUCGGAGAACGGCAACGGAUACAAUCCCGAGCUGCUGGGUGUCGGCUCCUUACUAAAGAAGUACAUCGCCCUGCUGUGCACUCACAUCGGAGACAUCCUCCCCGUCGCAACAAGCAUCGCGUCUACGGGUCGGCGACAUUUCGGCGAAGUUUCUCGGGUUAUUGAAGGAGACCUAACUGGAGUGCUUCUGCCUGAGCUGGUGGUGUCCAUCAUCCUCCUCCUCACCAUCGAUGCCGGUCUGAUGCAGGAGACCGGCGCCAUCCCUCUGCUGGCCGGACUCCUGGAGCACCUGGACCGUUUCAACCACCUGGCUCCAGGCCACGAGAGGGAUGAUAAUGAGGAUUUGGCCUGGCCGGGAAUUAUGGGAUCCUUCUUCACUGGACAAAGUUCUAAGAACAACGAAGAGGUUUCACUGAUCCGUAAGGCUGACCUGGAGAACCACAACAAAGAUGGCGGCUUCUGGACGGUCAUCGACGGGAAGGUUUAUGACAUUAAAGACUUCCAGGCUCAGUCUCUGACAGGAAACAGCAUCUUAGCUCAGUUUGCUGGAGAAGACCCAGUGGUUGCCUUGGAAGCUGCCUUACAGUUCGAGGACACCAGAGAAUCUAUGCAGGCUUUCUGUGUCGGCCAGUACAUGGAGCCUAACCAGGAGACCGUGACGACUCCGGACCUCAGCAGUCUGUCUUCGCCGCUCAUUGACACGGAGAGGAAUUUGGGGUUGCUGUUGGGUCUUCACGCCUCGUAUUUGGCCAAAAGCACGCCGUUGUCCCCUAUGGAGCUUGAAUGUGCCAAAUGGCUCCAGUCGUCCAUAUUCUCUGGUGGCCUUCAGACCAGUCAGAUCCACUACAACUACAACGAGGAGAAGGACGAGGACCACUGCAGCUCGCUGGGCUCCACCGCUUCAGAUAAGGCCAAGCUCUACUCCCGCAGGAUCACCCUCAGCGACCACGCGCAGCCCUUCCUCCAGGCUGUCGCUGACAACAACACUCAGGACCACACUGUGAAGGACUUUUUGUGCCAAAUAGAGCGUUGCUGUAAGCAGUACCACCUUAUUACGCCCAUCACCUUCCCACCGGAGCAUCCAGUGGAGGAAGUCGGCCGCCUGCUGCUCUGCUGCUUGCUCAAACAUCAGGACCUCGGUCACGUUGCUCUCUCACUUGUCAGCCCGUGUGCCUUGGGGGUGGACCAGGGGAAGCAGAGGUCCCUCCCUAAAUCAAUGAUCGAUGUCUGUCGCAUGGUCUACCAGGCAAAAUGUUCACUAAUUAAGACUCAUCAGGAACAGGGCCGCUCCUAUAAGGAAGUGUGCGCCCCGGUCAUCGAGCGCCUGAGAUUCCUGUUCAACGAGUUGCGGCCGGCGGUGAGCAACGACCUGUCCAUCGUGUCCAAGCUGAAGCUGCUGAGCUCUCAACCUCGAUGGAGGAGGAUCGCUCAGAAGCUCAUCAGGGACCGAAGGAAAAAAAGAGUGCCUAAGAAGUCAGAGUCUGCUGAUGAAGAAGAGCCAAAGCUGGAGAACGAGGGGACCAACGAAGAAGCCCAUAACGUCCACAUUAGCCCCACUCCUGCAGACAGGAAGUCACCCACCGGAAAGACGUCAAAGCAGGACAAGUGGCAGCCGCUGCUGAACACGGUGGCAAACGCCCAGCGGUACCGCUGGCUGAAACACAGCGUCCAGGGAAUCUUCUCUCAGUCCAGCCUGAUGGGCACCAUCGUGGAGUUUGCGCUGAAGGAAGAGCCACUGGAUGUAGAAAAAAUGAGGAAGUGUCUCCUUAAACAGCUGGAGCGGGCCGAGGUCAGGCUGGAGGGAAUCGACACCAUGCUGAAGUUGGCCUCCAAGAGCUUCCUGCUGCCGUCCGUGCAGUACGCCAUGCUCUGCGGGUGGCAACGGGUCAUACCCGAAGGGACCAGCAUCGGGGAGCCGUUGUCAGACUGCCUUAAACACGUCGAUCUGAUCCCUCCCUUCAACCGGAUGCUUUUGGAGGUGACGUUCGGGAAGUUGUAUUCCUGGGCGAUCCAAAAUGUCCGCAACAUCCUGCUGGAGGCCAGUGCCCGCUUCAAAGAGCUGGGUGUGCAGCCGGUCCCUCUGCAGACCAUCACCAACGAGAACCCGGCCGGACCAAGCCUCGGCACCAUUCCACAGGCCCGCUUCCUCCUGGCCAUGAUCCACAUGAUGUCUCUGAAGCACGGCUCCAACAGCCUCAGCCUCUUGCUGAACUCUGGCCUUCUGGCCCUCACUCAGAGCAUCCUCAAGCUUAUCGGACCCAGCACAGACAGCAGCGAGGAGGACCUCAGUUUGUGCGCUCACGGAGGCUCCGCCACGGUCCUGGAAGAGUCCAGAAAGGAGGCGGCCCCCGCUCCCCUGCCCGCGUCUGGCCCAGAACUCGCUGCCAUGAUGAAGAUCGGCACCAGAGUGAUGAGGGGAGUGGACUGGAAAUGGGGCGAUCAGGACGGCCCCGCUCCCGGUCUGGGCCGGGUCAUCGGAGAGCUGGGCGAGGACGGCUGGAUCCGGGUCCAGUGGGACACCAGCAGCACCAACUCUUACCGGAUGGGCAAAGAGGGCAAGUACGACCUGAAGCUCGCAGAGCCGCCGCCGGCCGCCCAGCCCACCGCCGAGGACUCGGACACGGAGGACGACACAGAAGGCGAGCUGAUAGAGAAGAGCAGCCACCCAACAGCCAUGAUGUUGACCAGCACCGUCAACCUGCUGAAGACGCUCUCUCUGUCCGCUGGGAUGUACGCAGAGGUCCUCCAGACGGACGCCAUUCGGACUCUGUGCGGACUACUGAGGAUGCUGGUGGAAAGUGGAGUUAACGACAAGUCGAGUUGUCACUCCCACAGGCUGGUGUCUAGGGAGCAGCACCGGAGCUGGUGCACUCUGGGCUUCAUCCGCAGCAUCGCCCUCAUGCCUCAGAUGUGCAGCACCCUGAGCACCUCCGCCUGGAUUGGCCUUCUCAUCCGAAUUGUAGAGGGCCACCAGUCCUUUAACGCCAUCACUCUGCAGAGACAGAUCCUGGCACUGAGACUCCUCCAAGCAGUUCUGCCUUCAUGGGACAAGACCGAACGCUCACAGGACAUGAAGUUCCUGGUGGAGAAACUGUUCAGUUUCUUAGGAAGUCUUCUAAGCACCUGCUCCUCAGACCUGCCACUUCUCAGAGAAGGUUCCAUGAGAAGGAGGAAGUCCCGCCCACAGGCUUCUCUGACAGCCACUCACAGCAGCACUCUGGCGGAGGAGAUCGUGGCUGUGCUGCGCACGCUGCACUCCCUCGGCCAGUGGAACAGCCUCAUAAAUGAUUACAUCAACACCCAGCUGGGCUCCAUCGGUGAUAUUAUGGCCGGCUGUCAGUCUGAAGCUUGUUUCCUGGAAGAGUACUUUCCCGACUCAGACAGUCCACUGGUCUGCAGCCUGAUGGCGGUGCUGGCUGUGAUUGGCGGGAUCGAUGGGCGCCUCAGGCUGGGUGGGCAAGUCGUCCACGAGGAGUACGGAGAGGGAACGGUGAUGCGCAUCACCCCAAAAGGACGCAUCACGGUCCAGUUCCACGAUAUGAGAACCUGCAGGGUUUGCUUGCUCAGCCAUCUCAAACCGCUGCCUGGCGUGGCCUUCAGUGUGCAGAACCUGCCUCUGAAUGAGCCCAUGUUGGCCGUUUGGGCUCAGCUGGUCAGCCUGGCUGGCAGCAAACUGGAGAAGCAGCGCAUAAAGAAGUCCCUCAGCCGAGGACUUACAGCUGACCAGGUGGACAUCUACCUCCUGCGCUGCCAGCAGCUGAGACUUUACAUUUUAAAAGCAGGCCGAGCUCUGCUGUCUCAUCAGGACAAACUCCGACAGAUCCUCUCCCAGCCAGCAGUCGUUGACAUGGGACCCAGCCCCAAUGACGAUCCGGUGGCGACGUCCCCCGAUGUCGGGGACUUGUCUCCUGAGGGCCCGCUGCCCCCUCUGAUCUUGCUGCAGCAGCUCCUGGCUGCUGCCACUCAGCCCUCGCCUAUCAAAGCCAUUUUUGACCGACAGGAAAUGGAGGCAGCAGCUCUGGCCGUGUGUCAGUACCUGGCCGUGGAGUCGGCCCACCCGUCCUCUCCGCUGUUUGAGGAGAGCAGCUCCAGUGAGGCCACCACACCCGUCACCAUACAGCAUGUCAGACCCCCCAAGCAGAAGAAGCAGAAGACCUCCCCUGUGCCUCCCUUACCCAUCGUCCUCCAGCUGAUGGAAAUGGGCUUCCCAAGGAAAAACAUAGAGUUUGCCUUGAAGUCUCUGUCUGGUACCACAGGCAGUACCUCUGGUGUCCCAGGCGUGGAGGCGCUGGUGAGCUGGCUGCUCGACCAUCCCGAUGUCCACUUCACCGAGCUCUCUGAUGCCGACACCGUGUCCGAUGAAUACUCAGACGAAGAGGAGCUGGAGGAGGCAGAGCCGACCUUCUCCGUUCCUGCUGGGGCUGUGGUGACUGAAAGCCAGACUUUUAAGAAGAGGUCAGAUUUCCAAACCAACGAUGAUUAUGCCGUCUACGUGAGAGAGAACAUCCAGGUGGGGAUGAUGGUGAAGUGCUGCAGAACGUAUGAGGAAGUGUACGAAGGAGACGUUGGGAAGGUGAUCAAGCUGGACCGAGAUGGACUUCAUGACUUGAACGUGCAGUGCGACUGGCAACAAAAAGGAGGAACGUACUGGGUUCGCUACAUCCACAUUGAGCUGAUUGGUUUCCCACCUCAAAGUUCACCCUCUCACAUAAAAAUUGGCGACAAAGUUAGGGUGAAGCCCACAGUUACGACGCCAAAGUACAAAUGGGGCUCCGUAACACACAGGAGUGUCGGGGUAGUGAAGGCUUUCAGCGCCAAUGGGAAGGAUGUGAUUGUAGACUUUCCACAGCAGUCCCACUGGACUGGUCUGCUGUCUGAGAUGGAGCUGGUACCCAGUAUUCACCCUGGAGUGAGGUGUGACGGCUGUCAGAUGUUUCCCAUUAACGGCCCGAGGUUCAAGUGCAAAAACUGUGACGACUUUGAUUUCUGCGAAAGCUGCUUUAAGACGCGCAAACACAACACCAGACAUUCCUUCGGGCGGAUCAACGAGCCCGGCCAGUCUCCAGCCUUUUGUGGUCGUUCGGGCAAGCAGCUCAAGAAGCACCACAACAGCCAGCGUGGGAUGCUGAUCGAUGACUGGUCCCGCGCCGUUAAGAGUCUCAGCGUAUCGUCCUCCGUCAACCAGGCGUCCCGCCUCAUUGACUGCAGCGAUCAGUGCUGGCAGUCCUCCGGCUCACAGGGAAAGCACUGGAUUCGUCUCGAGCUUUUCCCAGACGUUCUGGUCCACAGGCUGAAGAUGAUCGUAGACCCAGCAGACAGCAGCUACAUGCCCUCACUGGUGGUGGUUUCAGGUGGAAACUCUCUGAAUAAUUUAAUUGAGCUGAAGACGAUUAACGUCAACCCCACAGACACCACCGUCCUCCUGCUUACCGAUUGCACCGAGUUUCACAGAUACAUUGAGAUUGCGAUCAAGCAAUGCCGUAGCUCAGGCAUAGACUGCAAGAUUCAUGGACUUCGCAUGGUGGGACGCAUCAGAGCCGAGGAUGAGGACCUGGCCACGGUGCCCUUCCUGGCGUCCGACAACGAAGAGGAGGAGGACGAGAAAACCACAGCUGGAAGUCUCGCUCGGAAGAAGUCACCAGGACUGGAGUCGGCAGCCACCAUCAGGACCAAAGUGUUCGUUUGGGGGCUGAAUGACAAGGACCAGCUGGGAGGACUGAAGGGCUCAAAGAUCAAGGUCCCCUCCUUCUCUGAAACCCUCUCUGCUCUCAACGUGGUGCAGGUAGCCGGCGGUUCCAAGAGUCUCUUCGCAGUGACCGUGGAGGGGAAGAUCUACGCCUGCGGAGAGGCCACCAACGGCAGGCUGGGUCUGGGCCUCUCCAGCGGGACCAUCCCCAACCCCCGUCAGAUCACGGCGCUGAGCAACUACGUGGUGAAGAAGGUGGCCGUGCAUUCUGGCGGGCGCCACGCCAUGGCGCUGACCGUGGAUGGGAAGGUGUUUUCCUGGGGGGAAGGAGACGACGGCAAGCUGGGGCACUUCAGUAGAAUGAACUGUGAUAAGCCCCGGCUGAUCGAGGCUCUGAAGACCAAGCGCAUCCGGGACAUAGCCUGCGGCAGCUCCCACAGCGCCGCCAUCACCUCCAGCGGGGAACUGUACAGCUGGGGCUUGGGGGAAUAUGGCCGCCUCGGACACGGGGACAACACCACCCAGCUGAGGCCCAAACUGGUGAAAGUGCUGCUGGGCCACAGAGUCAUCCAGGUCGCCUGCGGGAGCCGGGAUGCUCAAACUCUAGCCCUGACUGAUGAAGGCUUGGUGUUCUCCUGGGGCGACGGGGACUUUGGAAAGCUCGGCCGUGGCGGCAGCGAGGGCUGCAACAUUCCCCAGAACAUAGAGAGGCUCAACGGACAAGGAGUCUGCCAAAUCGAGUGCGGGGCGCAGUUUUCCCUGGCGCUGACCAAAUCUGGAGGCGUCUGGACCUGGGGCAAAGGUGACUACUUUCGAUUGGGCCACGGUACCGAUGUCCAUGUGCGGAAGCCCCAGAUGGUGGAGGGACUGAGAGCGAAAAAGAUCGUCCAUGUCGCUGUUGGAGCUCUGCACUGUCUGGCUGUUACAGACACAGGACAGGUGUAUGCAUGGGGAGACAAUGACCACGGCCAGCAGGGAAACGGCACCACCACGGUUAACAGGAAGCCCACCCUGGUUCAGGGCCUGGAGGGACAGAAGAUCACUCGAGUGGCGUGUGGCUCUUCCCACAGCGUUGCCUGGACUACCGUGGAUGUGACCACGCCCUCGGUUCACGAGCCGGUCCUCUUCCAGACUGCCAGGGACUCCCUGGGAGCCUCCUAUUUGGGUGUCCAGUCAGAAGGCGACUCAUCGACAGUGAGCAACAAGAUGAGCGGGCAGAGCAGUGCCAAGCCCAACCGACCCUCGCUGGCCAAGAUUCUCCUGAGUCUGGACGGCAACCUGGCCAAACAGCAGGGUCUGUCCCACGUUCUGUCGGCUCUGCAGAUCAUGUAUGCGAGGGAUGCGGUGGUUGGUGCUCUGAUGCCAGCCAGCAUGAUCCUGCCAGCAGAGUGUCCCUCCAGCUCUCCCAUCCCCCCACUGGACUCCUCCUCAUCCUCCUGCGUCAGCGACGAAGAAUGUCCCCCCGUUCCCGCUGAAGCUGAAGAGCGGGUCAGCCCCAACCCCUGGCAGGAGAAGAAGGGGGAGGCGCCAUCCUCAGAAGACGCAGUGACCCCGUCAUCAGCUGUGACUCCGUCAGCCUCCGGAGCCUCCGCCCGUCCCUUCAUCCCCGUCACAGAUGACCCGGGAGCCGCCAGCAUCAUCGCCGAGACCAUGACCAAGACCAAAGAGGACUCUGAGAACCAGAGUAAGGUCGCCGGUCCCGAGCCUCAGUACCUGGACGAGUUCACCAGUCUCCUCGUUCCCGACGACACUCGGGUGAUCGUGGACCUGCUGAAGCUGGCCGUGUCCUGUCGCUCCGGGGACAAAGGGAAGGAGGUUUUGUCGGCCGUGCUGUCUGGCAUGGGGACGGCUUAUCCACAGGUCGCCGACAUGCUGCUGGAGCUCUGCGUCACCGAACUGGAAGACGUUGCCACGGACUCGCAGAGCGGCCGCUUGUCCUCCCAGCCGGUCGUCGUGGAGAGCAGCCAUCCGUACACUGACGACACGUCCACCAGCGGGACUGUCAAGAUCCCAGGUGCUGAGGGUCUAAGGAUAGAGUUCGACCGACAGUGUUCGACCGAGCGGCGCCACGAUCCGCUAACCAUCAUGGAUGGAGCCAACAGGAUCGUUUCCGUCAGAUCGGGUCGAGAGUGGUCUGACUGGUCCAGCGAAUUAAGGAUCCCAGGAGAUGAACUCAAGUGGAAGUUCACCAGUGACGGAUCAGUGAACGGUUGGGGCUGGCGCUUCACCGUCUACCCCAUCAUGCCGGCUGCCGGCCCCAAAGAUUUGCUGUCUGACCGCUGCAUCCUGUCCUGCCCCUCCAUGGACUUGGUCACAUGCCUGCUGGACUUCAGGCUCAACUUCGCCUCAAACCGAAGCAUCGUGCCCCGCCUCGCCGCUUCCCUUGCCGCCUGCGCCCAGCUCAGUGCUCUAGCUGCUGGACACAGGAUGUGGGCGCUGCAGCGUCUGCGUAAGCUCCUCACCACAGAGUACGGUCAGUCCAUCAACAUCAACAGGCUGCUGGGGGACAGUGAGGGCGAGGCCCGCUCCAUUAGUUUCACUGGCAGUGCGCUGGCCGCCCUCGUGAAGGGCCUCCCCGAAGCUCUGCAGAGGCAGUAUGAGUACGAGGACCCCAUCGUCAGGGGAGGAAAGCAGCUGCUUCAUAGUCCGUUCUUCAAAGUUUUGGUCGCUCUAGCUUGUGACCUUGAGCUUGACACGCUUCCCUGCUGCGCCGAGACCCAUAAGUGGGCCUGGUUCCGUCGGUACUGCACCGCCUCCAGAGUGGCGAUCGCCCUCGACAAGAGGACGUCUCUACCUCGAGCCUUCCUGGACGAAGUGACGAAGAAAAUCCGCGAGCUCAUGGCGGACCACGAGACCAUGAACGGACUUCACGAGAGUCACGAUCUGUUCAAGCGGGAGCACGACGAGCAGCUUGUUCAGUGGAUGAACCGGCGGCCUGACGACUGGACCCUCUCCGCCGGAGGCAGCGGGACCAUCUACGGCUGGGGCCACAACCACCGAGGCCAGCUGGGGGGCAUCGAGGGGGCCAAGGUCAAAGUUCCCACGCCCACCGAAGCUCUCGCCACGCUGAGGCCGGUUCAGCUCAUCGGCGGAGAGCAGACUCUGUUUGCAGUCACGGCCGACGGAAAGCUGUACGCUACCGGAUACGGAGCAGGGGGCAGGCUGGGGAUUGGUGGCACGGAAUCGAUGUCCACACCAACCUUACUGGAGUCCAUCCAACACGUCUUCAUCAGGAAGGUGGCGGUGAACUCCGGAGGGAAGCACUGCUUGGCGCUCUCCUCCGAGGGAGAAGUGUACUCGUGGGGUGAGGCCGAGGAUGGAAAACUGGGUCAUGGGAACAGAAGUCCCUGCGACCGUCCUCGUGUAAUUGAGUCCCUGAGAGGAGUGGAGGUGGUGGACAUCGCUGCCGGCGGCGCGCACAGCGCUUGCAUCACCGCCAGCGGAGAGCUCUUCACCUGGGGCAAAGGUCGCUAUGGACGUCUGGGCCACGGCGACAGCGAGGACCAGCUGAAACCCAAACUGGUGGACGCCCUCCAGGGUCACCGGGUGAUUGAUGUUGCCUGUGGCAGUGGGGACGCUCAGACGCUGUGUCUGACCGAUGAUGACAUGGUCUGGUCUUGGGGUGACGGGGAUUACGGGAAACUGGGACGAGGAGGGAGUGACGGCUGCAAAAUCCCCAUGAAGAUUGACUCUCUCACCGGCCUGGGGGUGGUGAAAGUGGAGUGUGGCUCUCAGUUCUCGGUGGCGCUCACUAAAUCUGGAGCCGUCUACACCUGGGGGAAAGGGGACUACCAUCGGCUGGGCCAUGGCUCUGACGACCACGUGCGGCGGCCCAGGCAGGUUCAGGGGCUUCAGGGGAAGAAAGUCAUCGCCAUCGCCACGGGGUCUCUGCACUGCGUUUGCUGCACCGAGGACGGAGAAGUUUACACGUGGGGCGACAACGACGAGGGCCAGCUGGGAGACGGGACCACUAACGCCAUCCAGAGGCCGCGGCUGGUCGCCGCGCUGCAGGGCAAGAAGAUCAACAGAGUGGCCUGUGGCUCGGCUCACACCCUCGCCUGGUCCACCAGCAAGCCCACCAAUGCUGGGAAGCUACCCUCACAGGUCCCCAUGGAGUACAACCACCUGCAGGAGAUCACCAUCAUGGGCCUCAGGAACAGACUCCUCCUGUUGCAUCACUUCUCUGAGCUUUUCUGCCCCUGCAUCCCCAUGUUCGACCUGGAGGGCCGGCUGGGCCAGACGGGGCACGGCCCGUCGGUCGGCUUCGACACGCUAAGGGGCAUCCUCAUCUCCCAGGGCAAAGAAGCAGCUUUCAGGAAAGUGGUCCAAGCUACGAUGGUGAGAGACAGGCAGCACGGCCCUGUGGUGGAGCUGAACAGAAUACAGGUGAAGCGUUCCCGCAGCAAGGGCGGUCUGGCGGGCCCCGACGGAACCAAGUCUGUGUUCGGUCAGAUGUGUGCCAAGUUGAGCUCGUUCAGCCCGGACAGCCUGCUGCUCCCCCAUCGCGUGUGGAAGGUUAAGUUUGUAGGCGAGUCCGUGGACGACUGCGGCGGAGGCUACAGCGAGUCCAUCGCCGAGAUGUGCGAGGAGCUGCAGAACUCGCUGACGCCACUGCUCAUCGUCACGCCGAACGGCCGCGACGAGUCGGGCGCCAACAGGGAUUGCUUCCUGCUCAACCCCGCUGCCAAGUCCUCUCUACACAUGAGCAUGUUUCGCUUCCUGGGAGUUCUCCUGGGAAUCGCAAUCCGAACUGGAAGCCCUCUGAGCCUGAACCUGGCAGAGCCUGUAUGGAAGCAGCUGGCAGGGAUGAACCUGACCAUCGCUGACCUCAGUGAGGUUGAUAAGGACUUCAUUCCCGGGCUGAUGUACAUCCGGGACAACGAGGCUACGGCGGAGGAGUUUGAGGCCAUGACGCUGCCCUUCACCGUGCCGAGUGCCAGCGGACAGGACAUCCAGCUCAGCUCCAAAUACUCCCACAUCACCCUGGAGAACCGGGCCGAAUACGUCCGCCUGGCCAUCAAUUACAGACUCCACGAGUUUGAUGAGCAGGUGUCUGCUGUGCGCGAGGGAAUGGCUCGGGUGGUUCCAGUCCCUCUGCUGUCACUUUUUACUGGUUACGAGCUGGAAACCAUGGUGUGCGGCAGCCCAGACAUCCCGCUCCACCUGCUGAAGUCGGUGGCCACGUACAAAGGCGUUGAGCCGACGGCGCCGCUCAUCCAGUGGUUCUGGGAGGUGAUGGAGUCUUUCUCCAACACAGAGAGGUCUCUGUUCCUGAGAUUCGUCUGGGGCCGCACACGCCUGCCCCGCACCAUCGCCGACUUCAGGGGCCGAGACUUUGUAGUGCAGGUUCUGGAUAAAUACAACCCUCCUGACCACUUCCUGCCGGAGUCCUACACGUGUUUCUUCCUACUCAAGCUGCCCAGGUACUCAUGCAAACAGGUGCUGGAGGAGAAACUCAAAUACGCCAUUCACUUCUGCAAGUCCAUCGACACGGACGACUACGCCCGCAUCGCCCUCUCCGGGGAGCCCGCGGCAGACGACAGCAGCGAGGACUCCGACAACGAGGACGCCGACUCCUUUGCCUCCGACUCCACGCAGGACUACCUGACGGGACACUGAGUUUUCUACAGACGGCUAGGAUCCUGUGUCAACCCCACUUCACGGCGCACGCGUUCAUACGAGCGGUCUACUGAGGCACAAACGUCUGUUUUGCGGGGGAGAAGGGUGGCUGUGCGAUGACAUUAAAAAGAAUUAUAAGCUAAAUAAAGUGAAAAACACCUGUUUGUUUUUAAUUUCUUUAAAAUGAUCAGCUGCACAUGUGAUUGUUGUGUUACAUGGAAAUAAGUAUAUUACAGUUACAGCCUAGCACUGUGGUAGAUUCCUCCCUUUUGGUUUGUGUGAAUUACCCGUCCCUAGAUUGUAUAUAGAAACUGAUGUGUGAUAACACUAGGAUUCCUUUUUUGUUCUUCUUUUUUAGUAACAACCAUGUUUCUUUAUAAAUAUAUAUGUAUAAAAACAUUUUUAAAGUCGAUGUUUCUCACCCAGCUCACUGAAGGAUCAUUUUAAGAUUUCUGUAUUUACCCAUCCACCAAGUUUGUGCACUGUCUCGUUAAAGAAUGUAUAUGAUUGUGCCAUGUAUUCACAGGGGUCAUUCCUGCAUAUUAAAUGUUAAUACAUUUCUGUUAAUAAAGUGAAAAUAAAUCCUGCUUAUUUAACAA